CUCACCACCACCAUCUGAAAAACGAAAACGCCAUGCACAUAACCCCGACAUCCCCUUAUCAACCUCAACGCCAUUCCGCAGUCCAAGGUCAAUAUCAGUCAACCACAACUCCUGGAUAUCCAAUGCAGACGCCAUCAUCGACGCUGAACGUGCGCUCCUCCCACUCCCACCGGCAAGAGAGAGUAAAGGCGAACCACCCCGUCUAGCCUUGGGCGCCAUUCUCCACCCUCCCCGGAUUCCCGGGACGCAGUCCGUCCAACGUCCACCCAUCACUCUGCGCACUCUUUCCCAACCCCCGCACUUCCCUUACUCGCUCUCCGUGCUAGGAGCGUUGGUGGCACCGAUAGCGAGCCAUAAUGAAAGAAGAUGCGACGACGCAUUUUGGACGGAUAGUGCUGCUGUCCGGGCGAAGGAAGCGGAGCGGCGUUCACUUCUUCAGGAAAGGAAACGCGGGGCGUUAGCAUCAGGUCAGAAAUUGAUCUCCCAGACCCAGACUCAGAGCCAGAACCAAGGGAGAGACUCCCUCUACAUCCCCCUGGCCCAUCCCUGGAAAUCCCCAACAAGAAACCUCACUCGCCCCAAACGAUACUGCACGCUCGAGCCACACGUCGCCUACCCCCACGCUACCUUCGGGGAAAGGUACUAUCUCUGGAGAGGGAGGUAUCCGGUGCCUGACCUGGAGAGGGGGGAGGUGAGGGAUGACCCGGGGGGGCAGUGGGCGGUGUUUUGCGCUGAUGUGGAUUCGGUUAGUAGGCGUGGGACGCCGCCUGCUUCUGCUUCUUCGGCUUUGGAGUUGCAUUCAGCUUCCUCGGUGCAUGGGGAGGGGAUACAAACCCAAGCAAGUGAAGAAGGACCCGCAGACCUCCGAUUCUACUCCAGCGAAGAAGCCUGGCUGUUACUCGAAUCCCAUGGCUGGGGGUACUCCCCCACCCAUGGGCGGCUCUACGACACCGGCGCAUCCUCCAUCACCUCGCUUCCCCUAGAAGCGGAUGACCCGGCCUUGACCUUGGGGGAGAAAAUGGAUGGGAGCGCGUGUGAUGAGAGGUUGGGGGGGAUGUGGUGGCAGGGACAGCAGAAGCUUGUUAGUGUGCUUGGGGAGUGGAGCCAGUUUCGACGACCCCUUCGCAUAAACAGCAUCUCCCAGCUCUGGGUCCCCACAAUAAGGAAAAUAAUGUCCUACCAGCGUAUCCGUCCCUCCACCAUGCAAGUGACCUACUUCACCCGCUGGGUCCUCCCUCCCCAGGCAGAGGUGCUCAGGGUGGACGACGAUGAGGAAGCGGGAUGGGUGGAACGGGAGAUGGGUAUGAGGCUUGGAAGGUUGACGAGAAGGGAAGUAGGGGAGCUCUCCGGGCCCUUACGCCAAACCCCUCGCUACAUAACCCACGGUCUCGCAUUCUCCUCCGUCGCCCGGCCCCUCUCCCCCUCCUCCUCCUCCGCCAGCUCAGUACUCUACGGCGCCUCAACACUCAACACCGACCUAUCCCUCACCUCACCCCUCCUUCUCCCGUCAUACGCUUUCUCCCCCCUCCCCCAGAUCCUCCUAGGCCGCACAGCCCGAGCCGUCUACCGCUCGCUAACGCAAACGAGGGACGAACACGGCCAGUCCAAAACCGCGCUUUCCUCGCUCUUACCACAGUCCCUACCCCUACAUGCCAAGAUCCCCAUUUCGGACCGCGCUACUGCGGCGGUAUUGCGCGCCUCGGGGUGGAAAGAGGUCUUUGGAGGGGUGGCGGAUGUCUUCCUCGAUGGAUGGACGGAUACGCCGGAAGAAGAAUACCAAGAGCAAAAGGCGGAAAAGAGGACGGGGAUGACCCGCGCUCAGAGGGAGGAAUUGGGAGAAAGGAGGAAGAGACAGGCGGAGGAGAAUUGGAGGUUGGCACAGGAGGAUCGGGAGAUUGAGCAAGGACUUGCGCCUGGAGGGGAUGGGGCGCGGGGGGUUAUGCAGAGGAGGGAGAGGAUGAGAGUGGGAAUGAGCGGCGUGUUUAGUCAUCCUGAUAAGAUUGACACCUGGGAUGUUUAG